CGAGAUGCCGUGCGCGUGCUGCGCCACAGCCUGGUACCAACCCGUCGUCGACCUCGCCUGGCCGCUCCUCCUCGCGCUCGUCACCGCCCUGGUCGGCCUCUACCGCCGUGCGACCACCUCCAAGAGCCGCACCACUGCGCGUCAACCACCUGCGGCCAAGUCCAAGGGGAGCUGAGUGGGCGGCGUGCGCCGAGUGGGUCGCGCUGGCGGGUCUGCCUGGAGGCGAAGCGGCCGUCGAACGUCGAGGGCGGGUAGCUGUGGACCAAGGCAGCCGAGCGCACGAGCCGCCGUGUCCUCGACCGCCUCUCAUGCGCCUCCAACGACCGUGCCGCGCUCAACCCGAGUCGACUCGUCCCGCCAUCGAGGUCCAGCAAUCUCUCGGCACAUUUCUCGCGCUCUCAGGAGACUCUCGAGUCGUCGCACACGUCAGGAACCGUCGGCGAGGACGGCAGAGCGGACUGGCAGAGGGAGUACGAGGACGAUUUGUCAAUCCAGUUCCGGUUCUAGAC